CAGAUGAAAAGGGUAUUUUUGACUACAAAAAUAUCAUUUCUUACAGAUUUUUCCUUUCAAACAGUAUUCUUUAAUAUAACCUCCUUAAAAUUUGCCCUGUGCGGCGGCCAAAGCCGUUCAAGCCACCCUUCGUAGAAACUCCAUUGAUUUUCUUAUAGGUAAUAAAACAGGCUAUUCGUUCAAGGCGAAACCCUAAUUUCUCUUACUUUCUGUGUUUGUACAGCUAAGGUUUUCACAGCUUAUCAGGCCUAACUACUUGUGCUCUAGAGAUGGAGUUGAUGGGUGUUGAUAAUACUAAUGAAAGUACUGAAAGGUUGCCUAGUGUAAAUGGAAAUGGUAUUGAUCUUGGGCCAGUUUCACCUGAUGAGGCUGGGGAAGGUUUGCCAUAUGCUCCGAUAAAUUGGCCAAAACCUGGUGAUAACUGGCGUUGGAAAGUCGGGAAGAGAGUAGCAGUAACGGGCCAUUAUUUGGAUAGAUACCUGUAUCCUCCAAAACGCUUUCGUCAUCUCGGUGUCUCUAUGAGUAGGGGAAGUGGUUUUGCAAGCAAGCUUUCUGUUGAACGGUAUAUUCGAAAAGCAUUUCCUGACGAAGAUGUCAACAAAUUUUUUGCCUCAUUCAGCUGGAAGAUCCCUGCAACAAAGAAGUUAUCAGUCAAUGGUAAUGUAGAAGGUCAAACUCUUUUUACUGUAUUUUCUGAAGAGAUAGCAGAACAUUCUCAGCCUGACUCCCCAUCAGAGGACGGGGGCUGUAAGGCCAGAAAUAAGAUGUGCAGCAGUUUGGUGGUGCAAGCAGAAAAUUCAUCUUUAACUGCCAUGCCUUGUGAUAUUUGCUGCAACGAACCUCGGUUCUGCCGUGAUUGUUGUUGUAUUCUCUGCAGCAAGACUGUGAAUUUGAAAUAUGGCGGCUACAGUUACAUCAAAUGUGAAGCAAUGGUGGGUGAGGAUUACAUAUGUGGACACAUUGCUCACUUGAAAUGUGCUCUGCGUUGUUACAUGGCUGGGACUGUUGGAGGAAGCAUUGGGUUGGAUGUUGAGUACUGUUGCCGUCGCUGUGAUGCAAAGACAGAUUUAGUUCCACAUGUUACUAGACUUGCAAAAAUAUGUGAAUCUGUUGAUUCCUCAGUUGAUGCUGAGGAAAUUCUGAAUCUCGCUGUCUGUAUUUUGCGUGGUUCAGAAAAGACCAUUGCUAAGGAAUGGCUAUGCCGUAUUGAACUGGCAAUUCAAAAGCUUAAAUGUGGGGCUUCUCUUGAAGAUAUCUGGAAAGUUGAAGAUGCUGACUUGGCCAUUUUUACAGGUGUUGGUGAUGAAAAUGCCACAGAGGAGCUUACAACCGACCAAGAUUCUAUAGUUGCUGAAACAAGCCCAUUGCGAUCCAUGCCCGCAUAUUCUGAUCAGUGGAUGGUGGUAUCUCAAAAACUUGGGGAAGAGAUUGAUGACGUUCUUCAAGCAUUGAAGAAGUCCCAGGAAACUGAAUAUAAAUUGGCAGAGGAAAGGCUUGAUUCACAGAAGAAUUACCUUUGUAAUCUGUACCAGCAACUUGACAAGGAGAGGUCCGAAUUGGCACAUCGCACAUGUGUGGCUGACCCAGAUAUGCUAUUAAAAGCUGUGUUGGACAGAAAGAACCAGAUAAAACUGCAGGUCAGGGUACUCAAAGAUAUGGAAAAAGUGGCCAGAGGAUUUGGAAGGACCUCAAAAAAAAUUCUCAAGGAUCACUAUGAUCUGGAGAUUGAUGACUAAAACAAAUAUCCUUAUGGGGUAUGCUGGAUUGAAUUUGUCAGAUGUAUUCAUCAAACUUUGCUGUAGAACACAUCACCUUUGCAUUCUUUUAAGUACACAUCUCAUAGCUUGAAUGAGGUUUCAAACUACAGGAGAUUGAACCGUGUGGUGGGGCGCGAUCAAAAGCGGGCCGAUAAUCAAUCUGAAAAGAAAUGAAUGGUUGGAGCAGUCUGUUGGCAAACCAAUGGUUGGAUCUUUAGUGAACUGUAGUCAAUUGUAAUGGAUAGUUGAGGGAAAUUGUAUAAAUGAGAGGGCUGUGCUUUGUUGUUUUAGUGGGGGUAACAUAGCCUGAUUGCCCUCAUGUGACAUGGCUUUUAAAACUGCAAAUCAGUUAGCCACAGUGAUGGUAGAAUGAGUCUGUCAUCUCUUUAGAAAUGGCUUCAUUUGAGAAAUUAGAGCGCCACAUCUUUUCUACGUUGUGGUUAAAUCAGUCUAUUGCUUGAGGAUAUUUUUUUUUGGUAAGUAAUUAAUUACAAAGUUUUACAA